UUUCAUUGUAAUUCUAAUUCCAUGUUUUGAUUGACAUUGAUUUUGAAUUGUGACAGGAAAAAAUAAAAAUGCUCAGAAGGUUGUUUCUGUUUUCAUUUUUGCUUCAUUCAACGUUGGCCCAAAAACCUGCCGUUCCUCAUCAUCAUCCUAUAGCUCCACAUCAACCUGUAGUACCUAAUCCUAUCCCUGUCAAGAAAUGGUCAACAUUAAGUGGAAAUGAACCACUUGUAAUAGCCCGUGGUGGUUUUUCAGGACUUUUUCCAGAAGGUACUGAGAAAGCAAUUGAACUAUCACAAGACAUAAGCAUUUUCUUGUGCAAUCUUCAGCUGACAAAUGAUGGUGGUGCCUUUUGUGUGACUGGGGCUACCCUUGACAAUUCAACAACUAUAGAAAUGUUUGAUCCUAAGCAGAAAACUUACAAUAUCAAUGGGAGGGAUGUGCAAGGACACUUUUCUACAGAUUACUCUGGUGUUCAGAUUGAGAAUGAUGUAAAAAUGACUCAAGCCAUAUUUUCUCGACCCGAUUUUUUCGAUGGUGUUUUCCCAGUUGCUAAUGUUGAUGCUCUCCUAAGUACCAAAACACCACCAAAGUUUUGGUUGAAUGUUCAGAAUGCAGGUUUCUACACCCAAUACGGCAAAAAAGCAGUAGAAGUUGUUCUGGAGAUUUUGAGAGCUCUUCCAGUAGACUUUGUUUCAUCUCCAGAUAUUGGUUUCUUGAAGAGUAUCGCCAGGCAACCAAACAAAGCAACCAAAGUCGUCUUUCAACUUCUUAACGCUAUGGAUGUCGAACCACAAACCAAACAACCAUACGGAAUUAUAAUAAAGGAUCUUGUGGCAAUCAAAUCAUUUGCAUCAGGCAUCAUGGUCCCAAAAGAAUUCAUAUUGCCUGUUAAACCAGACAAAUAUCUAGGACUUCCCACAACACUUGUAGCUGAUGCACAUAAAUUAGGACUAGAAGUAUAUGCUUCUGGUUUUGCUAAUGAUUUGUUUUCAAGUUACAGUUAUAACUAUGACCCUACUGCUGAGUACCUUCAAUUUAUUGACAGUAGAGAUAGUGUUGACGGUGUUGUCACUGAUUUCCCAACUACGGCAUCAAAUGCCAUUGGGUGCUUUGCGCACAACAACACUUUGCCCAAAAAAGGACCGACAUUAAUCAUAAGCAGCAACGGAUCAAGUGGUGUUUACCCAGGCAGCACUGAUCUUGCAUAUCAGCAAGCUAUAACCGAUGGCGCUGACAUCAUAGAUUGCUCAGUUCAAAUGACAAAAGAUGGAAUUGCCUUUUGCGCAAAUACCAUAGAUCUUUUAGAAAUAAGCACUGCUUUGCCUAAAUUCAUGGCUCGAUCUUCCAGUGUCCCUGAACUUCAACCAAAAAAUGGAAUUUUCUCCUUUGAUCUUACAUGGACCGAGAUUCAAACAUUAAAACCUCAAAUGGUCAACCCUUUCGGCAACGAGUUUCAAAGAAACCCAGCAAAUAAGAACAACGGUAAAUUUGUUACCCUGCCUGAAUUUUUGGAUUUGGCCAAGACAAAGGCAGUUUUUGGCAUUUUGAUCCACAUACAGAAUGCUGCUUACCUCGCAUCAAAGAAGGGUCUUGACAUUGUAGGUGCUGUCACCGCUGCUUUGAGCAAUGCUACCUUUGACAAGCAGGCCACACAACAAGUCUUCAUCCAAUCAGAUGACAGUUCGGUCCUAUCCAAGUUUAAGGAUAUCCCAUCUUACAAAAGGGUGUUGCUCAUUGAAAAUAUAAUAGACGAUAUACCAGUACAAACAGUGGAAGAAAUUAAGAAGUACGCAGAAGUAGUGAAUAUUCCUAAACUCGAUGUUAUUAAAGGAUCUAAUUCGUUGUUGAUAGGAUUGACAAAUGUUGUUAAAGAGUUGAAAGGUGCAAACCUAACAGUAUUCGUCCAUAUUCUCAAAAAUGAAUACUUGUCGCUGGCAUUCGAUUUUUGGUCAGAUCCAAAUGUUGAGAUUGCUACUUACAUGGAGCUUGUUGAUGGCAUCGUGACCGAAUUUCCAGCCACUGCAUACAGAUUUAUGAAAAGCCCGUGUAGCGAUCCGAAUCACGGGCUUGCCAUCUUACCAGCACAUCCUGGUGAUCUUUUAACUAUGGCUCCAGAUCUUUUGAAACCAAAAGAUGAACCUCCUAGAACUCUACAAGUUGCAGACGUUGUUGAUCCACCUCUUCCUCCAGUGAUUAACCUAGCUAAAGCUGAGCCUCCUGCUGCACCUACUCCUCCACCACCUGCUUCAGGUGUAAGGGCAUAUGGUGCCAACUCUGUUAUCUCCCUAGUAGCAGUUUUGGUGGUUGAAAUGUUUUACGCUGGCCAUUGAUUUUAUUAAAUUAGCAGUGUCACAAUCUUGGAUCGGCAA